CAGCUCUGAUGUAAUUUCUUGGUCAUUGACCACCACAAUCUAGACGUCGAGCUCGUCGUCGACCAACAUGGAGGUCAUCAUAUCUAAGCUCAAAGCCAAAGCAGAGACUGUUCCAGAUAAUGCUUUACUUCGAGACACCAUCUCAUUGCUGACAGAUUUACACCGCAACCCAGCAAUUGCUCAGCGUAUCACUUGGGAUGGUCUCAUCCGGGAUUUCGAACGGUUACAGGAUGAAGGGCUAUGGGAAAUAUCCGAAGAUAAUACAAAACUUUUGCAUACGCUGCGCAGUUUUGUGAAUACUAGACUAGACGGACCCGCUAGUGUUAUCUCUGGACCUUCUCGUCCACCGGUUCAGGGAUCUUUCUCGAUUGUCUAUCCAGAUUCUGCAAAUGCACCGUCUCCUCUCAUCCCCACAUCCGAUCCAGUAGUGCUUCCCCUAGAGCUGGUAGAAAUUCUUAACCGCACAUACUUCCAUCAUUUGCUUGCUACAGAUCCAAAGCGCGUUGUCCCUCCCGGCAAGUCUCUCGUUUCAAUGUUGUCUCAUUCAUCCAAGGAGGGAGAAAAUGUUGCAAAACCUACUUUACGUGACAAGGUUGAGGAUCUUGUACAUAAAGCUUUCUGGGACGAGGCCAUAGAAUCACUCUCGAAUCCAGAGCCUUCUUAUCAGCUACCGCGCAUUAAAUUGUUGUACCACGACCUCCUCAUUGCACUAAAACCUCUUCUACCACCUCGGCAUCCUGUCAUCAUCACACUUUCCUCACCAUUAUCUCCGACGUCUUCCCCGUUAGAUUCAGCUAUUAUGCAUCUGCGUGAAGUUGUAGUGUCUCUGCGCGCGCGUUGCGCGCCAGUCCAGGACCGAGAGCUCGAUGACCUUCUUCAUUCAUUGGACGAACCUCCGCCCCGGUCGUCGCGUCCUACCUCACUAGCCACGCUAGUUGCAGAGGCGGUGAAAUCCAUACUCAAGAUCUCGGAGAUGAUGAAAGAUCAGCUCUCCCAGUUUGUGCUUGGAAGCAUGACUGAACAACAGCUCCAGUCUGCAGUGUCUAAACAGGCGAAGGUCAAAGAACGCAACAUCAUUUUGGAUCUUUGGAAGCAUUACCGGAUAGAGAGUAACUGGUUGAUUUGGCUUUUAAGUUGUCAACCGUCUUUUCAGGUUAGCGGCAUCGCCGCUGAGCUGCGCUUCAAGUGGAUUGUGCGACUUGUACAGGCGCUAGGAUCAUCGACCCCUAUAUCCUGUAGAUUGCCCACUAGAACCUUGUCUACCACAAAUCCCGGGCCUCACGUGGCGGAGCCUCCUGAUCCCUCGCCACCGUUCAUCGACAACUCCCUUCCACCGAUUUUUUUCUUCUCUGUUCGUGCGCUACUAGAAAUCCAGAACUAUCUACAAGCACUCGUGAUCGCUGCUUCUCUACGCACCUUAAUUCGUGCGCCUCAAGGUGCGCAAGCGAGCGACGCGAUGAGCUUCAUGGAACGGAUAUGGAUCCUGCUGAAAGCGGAAAUCAUAGAGGAGCCGGGUUCAGGCGACACAAAGCUCGUGCAUCUCGCAGAUGAGGUUGUUCGGGCCCGUCAGUUGGAUGGUACCAUACUCUCCGCAGAAGAAGAGACGAGGCUUCGCGCAGCAGUUGCACGCACCCUCAACCCUGAUGAUGCCGUGUUUAUGCUACUGCAGAAACGGGUACUGAAAGCGUUGGUUGACACACUUGCGCAUCAACGGUCUGAACCCAGACAAGCUGGAACACCCCCCAAAAUGCAGACGGGGCACCACGUCAAACGUGCCGAAAAGCGGCCUCAGCUAAUGAUAGUCUUAAAUCCAGAGGAUUUUGAUGCGGAUCACAAUGCGAAGACGCCUCGAUUGUCAAUUGGCAGGGUUCAGGGUUUUGAAGACAAGCAUUUGAAGGAAGUUUUAGAGGAAGUAUUUGCGAAAGUAGAUCAUUGCAUUAGGUGGGUGGAGGGUAUUUGGCAGGAUGUGCUUCAGGGAGGGGUCGUCGAUCGUGAGCUCGCUGUCUAGCUUUGUGGAACAUAGCGACAGAUAUGGAGCUGAGCACUUGAGAGGUUCACCCGCGAGCAGGAUGGCGAUCUGGCGGAAAAGUCUCAGACGUUGCAAAAAAGAUUAUGCUGUUGAUGGUCGCAGCUGGAGCCUUUCAAAACCUUCGAAUCAGUGUGGUAAGUAAACUCUUGCAAGAUUUUUGUCAAGUCCGUCACGGUUGCCGUACGCGUACGGUUCUAGUAAUGUCAAACAAUUUGCGGUGAUGGGCCUGUUAUCUACCCUCCUGAAGACAUUGUUCAGCAAGGUACCAGUCUUACGUUUACGUUGCACUUGUACUGAAGUACUUAGUGGCGUGCCGAAUAGUCCGCGGCACCGGCAUUUG